AUGUUAUUAGAAGGUUUUCGAUUGCAAAUAUUUGUAAAUGGUGAGCCAUUGAAAGAGUAUAGUGAAAAAUAUGUAGAAAACAAAACAAUAACUAGUGCAGGUCCUUCAUAUAUUUACGAUGAAGUAACAAAAAAAACUCAUACAACUGACAGAAUAGUAUAUGCGUUGGUGAACAAAUCAGAUGAGAAUAAAAGAUUUAGUAUAAGGUUCACAUAUGCAAAAGCCAAAUAUUCAGCGCCAAUAAAAGCCUAUUUAUUUGUUGAUGGAGUUUGGGACUAUACUUAUUAUCAAAUUUAUGAUGAUUGUUAUUAUGUUGAGGAUGGAUUCUGGAAUAAGGAAAGAGACAAGAAGUUUUAUUUUAAAUUCGUUACUGCUACUCCUACUACAUUGUCACCAAAAAAGGAUGCUAUUAUUGGUAAGAGAGGAGCAAUGAAUGGAGUUAUUAAAUACAAUGAUGAAAGAAUAGAUGAGGAUGAUAUGGAUUAUUCUUACAAUAUCCAUAAUAAUAUUAAUGAUAAUGGUGAUAACGAUCAGAAUGAGAAAAGGAAAAAUUGCAUUGGAGGUGGAUGUGGAACAAUAUCUGUGCAUUUUUAUAAAGCAGAAUGGCAUCAAUAUGACACUGUCAAAAUAUGGCAAUAA